AUAUCUGGCAACAUCUAGAAACCUAUACGUGGAAGGAGGACUGAAGGUGAAGAAUAUAUCCCGGCAACAUCUAGAAACCUAGACGUGGACGGACGAGGAAGGACAGAAGGUGAGGAUUGCCCAGACAGUGAGAAAUGGGAGUAGAACGAGAAGUUGUGAGGCCUGGUACCGGCCCCAGGCCAACUCCAGGCCAGACCGUCGCCGUUCACUGCACUGGCUAUGGGAAAAAUGGUGAUCUCUCUCAGAAGUUCUGGAGUACAAAGGAUCCUGGGCAGAAGCCAUUUGCAUUCAAAAUUGGCCAAGGUUCUGUUAUAAAAGGAUGGGAUGAAGGAGUGCUGCAAAUGCAGGUGGGAGAGGUUGCUCUCCUUCGGUGCUCUCCUGAUUAUGCCUAUGGAGCUGGUGGAUUCCCAGCAUGGGGGAUUCAACCCAACUCGGUCUUGGUGUUUGAGAUUGAAGUCCUUGGCGCCCAGUGAUCCCUCUCUAUGACUUUACUGAAACUACCAAUAAAAGUGUCUUCUUGUCGCAAGGCACUCUAGUAGCCUAAUGCCUCUGCUUAGUGGAUAUAUAGAGAUGUUAUAUUUGUCCUCUUGAUGAGGAUGUAAGGGUGUCUUUAGACUGUUUCAGUAUAUUGCUCGAAAACAUCUGAUAUCAGACCAGCUGUUGGAGUGAUGAUAAUGAAAUAUAUUGAGGAUUAAUCACUGUUUUA